UUUGGGUUUUACAGUAUGAUCAGGGAUCGAAUCAGUGAUGGAAGAAUAUCGCGUUAUUAAUAUCCCCCUCAUCCUUCGGCAUAACCUUAAAUCUUGACCCUAUUCUGCUCUUGCAUGUCGCUUCUUAAUUCUCCGGCAGUCUUACAAGUCUUGGAAACAGCUCAAUCUUUCUCAGUGGAGCCUCAACUCCUUGAUAUUCAUUCGUCUUAGAGAUACUUAUCUCCCCAUCCAGCCACUUUCUGGUUCAAACAAGACAGUCUUGGUUCGGUUCAAGUUAGAUUCACUGUCCAUCAUCGAUUAAAUCAUCCAAGCACCACUGUUCAACUCGAGCGAAAAUACCAACCUAACAACUCAUCAUGGAUCAUGGAGGAAUGGGCGGUAGCGGUGCUGCCUGUAAGGUCGACAUGUUGUGGAAUUGGAACACAGUCGAUGCGUGCUUCCUGGCCUCAUCAUGGCAAAUCAAGAACCAGGGUAUGAUGGCUGCAACCUGUAUCGGCGUUAUCCUCCUCGUUAUUCUCGUCGAGUUCUUCCGGCGCAUGGGCAAGGAAUACGAUGCCCUUCUUCAGCGUGGCUUCCAGCGGCAAGCCACUACUCACAGCGUUGCUCUCGCCGCCGCGGGUUGCACGGGAGCCGUCGUUCCCACAAGUCAAACCCUUACAUAUCGAGCCUCACCUCUGCAGCAGUUCAUCCGCGCAUUCAUCCACGCUACUACUUUUGCGGGAGCCUACAUCAUUAUGCUCUUGGCCAUGUACUUCAACGGCUAUGUUAUUAUUAGCAUCUUUAUUGGUGCUGGCCUGGGCAAGUUCUUUUGUGACUGGCUCGUUGUAAGGAUCAAUGUCGAAGAUUUGACAGCGCCUGAGGACAAGGCUAAGGGGAUUGAGGAGACAACUGUUUGCUGCGGCUGAAUAUGUGCCGAAAGUAUGGGACAGAGCUGAUAUAUACAAUGGACGCUUUACAUGACAAGUCUUUUUACUAGUGAUACCCGUAAAAGCCCUUUUGAGAUCGAAUUACCUCGAUCAUUAUAGAUCCACAGGGAGGGUCUCGAUAUUUUUGGGAAAGCAUUUGCUGUGAAUAUCUUGUAGAGGCUUCCUACUGAUUAAAGUAGCCUGUGGUGAGGAAGCGGUAUCAAAAUUUUAAGCUGUUGGUGUACCACUGAGCACCCAUUACACUAUUUGCGGGUGGCCUUGAUCACUCAUUUAUAGUAUCACUGGUUUCUUUCAAUAGCGGUAAUGGGAAUAUUUAUACGCAAGUAGUUAGAACUCAAAGAACCCAGCUCGAGACUUUAUCUAUGAUACAACCUAGCUCGAGGAAUGCAUACUGGUUAUUCCGACCAUCUCCAGGUGUGAGGCUAUAGGGUGGCAUGUUGGCAAGGAUCCUGUACAUCUAGAAGGUGACAUAAAACUUUGGACAUGUGUAUAAUAUCGCGCGAGAAGUUUAUCAUAAUCUUCAGCUUGCUUAGUUUUUUAUAAUGAUUUAAGGC